CGAGUCAGUUUUGAGGAAGAGAAAAUGUCCAUCUCGAUCGCCUCCUCUCCGUCCUCCGCCGCUCUCUUAACCAAGGGUGGCAGUUGGACCGGUUCCGCCCGACCGCCUCCGAGCCUCUUGAUCCGGCUUCAGCGUUCGUUACCGAGAGUUCGUGUGUUCGCUGGUAACGCUUCUCCCGCAGACACCGAUCUGAGCAAUGAGCUGGAUGCCGUCUUGAGCUUCAGCGAGAUCGUCCCUGAUACCGUUGUCUUCGAUGAUUUUGAAAGGUUCCCCCCUACCGCUGCCACGGUUAGCUCUUCAUUCCUCUUGGGACUUUGUAGCCUUCCUAACACCAAGUUCAAGAGUGCAAUAGAGACAGCACUGGCUGAUAGUGAAUGCAACGGGAAAGAGAAUUCUAGUGAUCGUUUGUCCUGCUUCUCUAACAAGGCCUUAGUGAAUGUGGGAGCUGACUUGGCCAGAUUUGUCCCUGGGAGGGUUUCAACCGAAGUCGACGCUCGCUUAGCGUAUGAUACACGAGGCAUCAUCCGAAAGGUGCAUGAGCUGUUAAAGUUAUAUAAUGAAGUAGAGGUUUCUUCUCAACGUUUGCUUUUCAAAAUUCCUUCAACAUGGCAAGGUAUAGAAGCUUCCAGGUUACUGGAAUCAGAAGGAAUACAAACACAUUUAACAUUUGUAUACAGCUUUUCUCAAGCAGCAGCUGCAGCUCAAGCUGGUGCAUCAGUUAUUCAGAUAUUUGUUGGUCGCAUUAGGGACUGGGCUCGCAAUCACUCUGGUGAUCCAGAGAUUGAAGCUGCUUGCAGAAAUGGGGAAGAUCCUGGAUUGGCUUUGGUUAAGAAAACAUACAAUUAUAUUCACAAAUACGGGCACAAGUCAAAACUUAUGGCCGCUGCGGUUCGGAAUAAGCAAGAUAUAUUUAGCCUCCUUGGGAUUGAUUACAUAAUUGCACCUCUAAAAUUACUGCAGUCUCUGAAAGAAUCUGUUACCUAUCCUGAUGAGAAGUAUUCAUAUGUAAGGAGGUUAUCUCCAGGUUCUGCGAGGAUGUACAAUUUCACUGAAGAAGAGCUUGUGAAGUGGGAUCAAAGGAGCUUUGCAUCUGCAAUGGGACCAGCUGCUGAAGAGCUUGUAGCUGCUGGGCUUGAAGGGUAUGUGAACCAAACAAGGCGUGUGGAAGAACUUUUUGGGAAGAUUUGGCCACCACCCAAUGUUUAAGCUUAUUUGACAGCAAGGGUGAGCUGUCCUUUUGGUAAGUGAAUAAUAUAAGCCGGCCUAUGGAAUUUGAACGCCCAACUGUUUUUUUUUUUUUUUUUUUUAAAUGUCUUUUUCAUAAAUUUGCACACUGUUUUGGCUAUCAUCUUAAUAACAUAAUUCUUGGUACCUUCUUUUCAUGA